GAGCCAGAGUGUGGAGAGAAAAAACCUGUGUGUACAAAACGAAUGGCUUUUACUCAAUAUUACAAGCAAAUAUAAAAAAAAACUGUUAUUAAACAUUCGGUGUAAUCACUCUACCUCUGUCUCAUAGGUGAUAAGCUUUAAUUACCUUCUUGUGUGGACAGCAGUCAAAGUCCAUUGAAAAUCUUUCCAACCGCGGUAGAAAAAGGACAAUUAAGCUUGUUUUAAACGUAGUGUUGCAUAAAAUACAUGAACAUAAGCCACACACACAUAAAAAACUCCCUCAAGCACACAAGCCUCAGGCUUUGUAUGCUCGUCCAGCCCGGCUCAGUCUUGUAACAUGGAGGAGGUAAUGGAGGAGGUUUCAAUCGAUUUCAGCCUCGUUACUUGAGCUCCACCUGCCGGUGAAGACUUGUAACAGCAGCCUGUGACCCUUUGUUGGCCUCAACAGAACACAACAAGCUGUCUCUCUGCCAAGCAUAUUUACUUCAGUCCUCUCAUUGUUUUGAAGGUUUCCAAAUUCAACCUCCUUUUAUCUCUCAAUAAUUUAGAAUGUAUUAUCCAUGCUUUACUCAACUUCUAUUUUUAUUGCAAGAACAGGAGAUGCCCGACAAAACAUUUAAUUUCACAGGAAUUUGAGCCUCGUAAUUCCUGAGAAUUAGAGAGUGAUGAUUGUCUAUUUUCUAUUGUAUAUUACAGUUUGAGAUUCAUUUCAAUAUCCUAUUGAUUUGACAUCUGACCUGCGUAGUCUAUAGAUAGAUAGACAGAUAGAUACAGAUAGAUUUCCAAUUGUUACCACUGUUGCGUGCUCAGUGUGCUUUUAUUCUGAAAGAAUCGACAGGAAGUAGUAGUAAUGGUCGUCGUGUUUUUUUUACACUAUGACUUGUCAGUAGUAGUAGUCAGGCAGGCAAACCGGAGCGGGUGGAGGGUCCAGCCCACGCGACAGUCUCGCCCCGCAGGACCAACAUGUCGGUCCGUGGAGGCGACGUCACGUGUCCGUGGUCCGGGUCCGAAUCCGCCACCGACCGCCCGCCUUCAGCGGCGGCCACGUGCGAGGACCGGGAGCCGACGGAGAGGAGGAGAGCGUUCUGUCUGACGAGGAUCAAGUCCCGAAACGGUUCCGCCAAGCAGCAUCAUCAGCAUCAUCAGCAGCAGCAUCAUCUUCACCCCGCCGCAAACAACAACAACAACAUCAUCCACUUCGUGGUCGGCGAAGAGAUCGGACACAUCUGCGACAAGUGCCGCGGGGGGGCCGAGCCGCGGGACGCCGAGGACGUGGAGAGGCUGACGGCGAUGCGCUCCGAUUCGCUGGUUCCAGGCACACACACGCCUCCCAUUCGGCGGCGCAGCAAAUUCGCCACACUGGGACGUCUGUUUAAGCCCUGGAAAUGGAGGAAGAAGAAGAGUGAAAAGUUCAAGCAGACCUCAGCCGUGUUGGAGAGGAAAAUGUCUACUCGCCAGAGCAGAGAGGAGCUCAUUAAGAAAGGAGUGCUCAAGGAGGUAUAUGAGAAAGAGGGCUCUUCCUCGGCUCUACUCCAGGAGGUGAAGAUGGAGAACGGGCCUUCUCCGGUGCUCGACUCCAGCCCGUCAGAGUCUGAAGGUGCUGAGUUGAUGGAAGGAGCCACUGCGGCUGUAGGCUCUCUGAAGUUUCAGAUGCUGAAAGAGGGUCCAUGUCAACAGGACCAAGGCCAAAAACCCACAAAGAAGUCUCCCGUGUAUGCGGCCGAUGGCGCCGAGUCAACGCUCUCCAGACCUCCUACGCUACACAAACAACCUCCUGCUCCGCCCCCCAAGCCCUUCAACAGGCUACCGAAUCACCUCGCAGAUGGUGCCCCGGUGAGGUUGCCGUGUAUGUCUGCGAAGCUCUCUCCUCCUCUACCUCCAAAGAAGCUAAUGAUCUCCAUACCUGCAGGGAGCACGGAGCCCUCCUCGCUCGCCUUCCAGAAGUGCCCCCCUCCCAGCCACGCUCCAGUGGGCGGGCACUCCCUGCAGUACGGGGUGGUGGGGCUUCCCCUCCACCCCCCCAGUCGGAUCAUAGAGGAGCUCAACAAGACGCUCGCCCUCACCAUGCAGAGGUUUGAGAGCUCCUUGAUGCACGCGGUUCCCGCGGGGAUGAUCGACUGUAACAACGACAAAGAGAACCUCCCUGUGGGGGCCGACUACGAAGACCUGCCUGAGGAAGAGGAGGAGGAGGAGGAGGAAGAAGAUGACGAGGAGGAAGAAGAAGAAGACGACGAUGAUGACGAUGAGGAGGAAGAUGAUGAUACAUUCUUUACAAGCACACUGGCGAUGAAGGUUCUACGAAAGGACUCUCUGGCCAUCAAGCUGAGCAACCGUCCAUCGAUGAGGGAUCUGGAGGACAAAAACAUCCUGCCGAUGCAGUCGGACCAGGAGAGAUUUGAGUGGAGACUGCAAACCGCCACCAAGCUGACCAGGCGACUGAGUCAACGGCCGACAGCGGAGGAACUGGAGCAGAGGAACAUACUCAAACCUCGAAACGAUGUGGAGGAGCAGGAGGAGAAGAGGGAGAUCAAGAGACAUCUGUCCAAGAAGCUCAGCCAGAGGCCCACAGUGGAGGAACUAAGGGAGGCGAAGAUCCUCAUCCGCUUCAGCGACUACGUGGAGGUCGCCGAGGCUCAGGACUACGACCGGAGAGCCGACAAGCCGUGGACUCGGCUAACAGCUGCUGAUAAGGCUGCCAUCAGGAAGGAGUUGAAUGAGUUUAAGAGCACAGAGAUGGAGGUGCAUGAGUCGAGCCGGCAUUUCACCAGGUUUCAUCGACCAUAAGAUGAAUCUAAGAAAGUCGGCCGCGCUUUUAUACCCCCAACGACGGGCCUCCUUCGGUCCCACUGCGACCUUUUGCAGUGUCGACCUCAAGCUGCUGGCCGGGUGCCGAGGCCAUCACAGGAAACACUAGCAGACACUUUGAAAAUUUAAAUGGAUUCAACUUUGAACCCAGAAUCUCCCCCACAGUGGAGAUUUCACACACAUCUCAAUAUCUAAACGCUGUUUUAUUUAUUUUUCCAGCUGAAGAGGCAGCGAUGUGGUUUGUUUUUUUGCAGCACUUUGUUUUUGGAACACUGCUUUAGUAAAACAGAAAAUGUGCCAAGUUUGAGGAAGGCAAACCAAAGGUGGUGAAGAUGGGACUUUAUUUCACGCAGGGAUUGUUUUCUUGCCUUUUCAAAAUAUUCUUACUGUGGUCGCUCAACUGGACUUGAUCUUUCCUUAAGGAGUUUCUUGUGUUGGCACGAUGUUACUCCAUAGAUGACAUCCAGAUCGUUUCUCAAUUACUAAAAAUGGCAGCUGAAUCUUAAGCCUAAUGUCCCAAAAUGCACCCAGCAAGCCAGAAACACUGAUAAUGGAGAUCUCCUCUUAACACGCACACACACAAGCAAUAAUCCAAGCUUUUUUUUUCUCAUUUGCACGUAUCUGAGCUAAAUACAAGAGCUCAGAACACCUUAGAUUUCAGAUCUCCAUUUUAAACCACGGCAGUCUCAAUCUUGGAUGCAUCUCAAGUCACUUCUGGUGAGAGUUACUGAACCACGGUGCCACUCUGCCUUCACUAUUACUUACAGGGAUGUCAAAGUUGCCAAAUUAUAUUGUUUGAUACAGUAACUGAUGCUGUGGACGCCGCAUGACGCGUUACCGAACUCUCAGCAAAAUCAAAGGUGGAUUUGGUUUCCAUUUUUUUUAUUUUGUUGGUGCUGUUGAGAGGAAAAUUCCUGCCCCUUCACUUUAUUUAUUCUUUGCAGUCCUUGUUCGGUACAUACAUCUGAGCAUACUAUUGGGACAGCUGGUUGAUCUGUUGUGACCGUGUUUCUGAUUAAGCGUUUGUAUGUACAAGCGUCGGUAUUAUUACUGUCUCUUGAAUGUUUAAAAAUGUUUUGAAAGAAAUGCUCUCAGAAUUCUAAUACUUGUACAUAGCAAAGAAAGUAAGCAAGACUUUUCAAAAUGUUUUUUGUAAAGCAGAAAAACUGCAUGUGGGUAUUACGUUAUUGUGAGACUUCUAUGAUGCAAGUUUCUUGAAGAAAGAAACUCAUAAAGAUAAUAACAAGUUAA